GCAGGCGCGGGGGCAGCAUGGAGGGCGCGGUGUCGGACGUGGCCGUGUGUAACCUGGCGUUCGCGGGGCGCCUCGAGGAGCUGCGGGCGCUGCUGCUCCGCGACCGGGCCCAGGCCACGCGGGCCGACCAGGAUCACCGCACCGCGCUGCACUGGGCCUGCUCGGCGGGACACACGGACGUGGCGGAGCUCCUGCUCGGGCUCGGCGUGCCUGUCAACGACAAGGACGAUGCUGGUUGGACUCCCCUGCACAUUGCUGCUUCAGCAGGCCGUGAUGAAAUUGUGAAAGCCCUCAUUGCUAAGGGUGCUCAUGUAAAUGCUGUCAAUCAGAAUGGCUGCACACCCCUGCAUUAUGCAGCCUCCAAAAAUAAGCAGGAGAUUGCAAUCAUGCUUUUGGAGAAUGGAGCAGAUCCAGAUGCAACAGAUCAUUUUGAAUCCACCCCGUUACACAGAGCAGCAGCCAAAGGAAACCUAAAAAUGGUACAGAUCCUUGUGCAGCACAAUGCAACUUUGGAUAUCCGGGACUCUGAAGGGAAUACUCCUCUCUUUGCUGACUGCAGAGCCAAAUCCUAACCCAAAGAACUGUCUUAACAUUGCAAGGAGAGCAGCAGGAGGAAUGUUCUUGAGUUGCUUAAUGACAGCAGAGGGACUGGACAGCAAGCUUUGGAAUCUGUCUAGGUAGUUGGCUGCUUGUGGAUUUGUUGUUCUCAGAUGUAUCUCCCCCCCAACAUUGACACUGUCAUUUUGACAAGGUGUAAUUGUUGCUCUGUACAAGCUUGGACAGUUUAACAGUGGCUGUGGGUUUCUU